AAUGUCUUCCCUGAUGACUAAUAGCAGGGGAUGUUAGACUAAGAGAAUGAAACCCCCAGAGUUUCUACCACCUCUCACUCUGGGAAUUCCAUAGAAUGCACUGUCAAAGCAAUCCAUUAUAAAUGAGACUGAGGACCUGAUGUGUGUCAGACAGGCAGACACCACUCACACUAGAAGAUGAGCUCCCGGCACUUAUUGGUCCUGGUUGGGACACUUGUUGUACUUGGCAUUGUGUCUCUCAGUGAGGGAUUCAAUAUUGCAAACAGUCCAAAAAAAUGCUGCUUCGAAUUUAUUUCUAAACCAGUUCCACGAGGUCGCCUCACAGGUUACUACACGACAAGCUCACAGUGCCCAAACCAAGCAGUUCUAUUCACCACACGCAAGAAUCGAGAGAUCUGUGCAAAUCCUGAAGAGAAGUGGGUGCUGGAAUACAUUAAAUACUUUGAUGGCCUUGGCAGGAAGACAUCAAUUCGAUUGUAAAAUAGACAUUUCCUGACAAGCACUAAGGCUGUCAUUACCUCUUGUCUUUCAUAUCUGGAAUUAAAGGAAAACUGAAAACAACUACAACAAAUAUUUCUAUUUAAACACAGAUAUGUAAUGGCUGGAAAAUGAAACCACUGUUCUCUUUAAUAUUCUUUUAUGACUGCAAAAUAAGUAUCUAAAUAAACCACCACAAUUUUCUGUCAGAGAAGUUAAACUAUUGGUCUAAAUCAAACAGCUUCAAUAAUCUGUACUUUCAGUUAAGCUGUUAUUUACAGUAUGUUUAGAAAAACUUCUUUCUUUGUUUGCCAAAGUGUAAAUUAGAAAGGAAAAUCCAGUUAUAAGCUUUUUAAUACUUUGUGCUGAAGUUGUUAUACCUCAACUAAACUCUUAAAUACUGUUCAUUGUUUUAGUUAUUUAGCCUAUUUUAUGACUAUUGAUUAUCUUGCAACUUUUUAUUAAGAUAGAUGUAAAAAAAACUUUUCACUAGGACACCAAAUGUAAAGUACUGAACAUUGUUCAUUGUUUUAGUUAUUAAGCCUAUUUUAUGACUUUUGAUUAUCUUGCACCUUUUUAUUAAGAUAUAUGUGAAAAAACUUUUCACUGGGACACCAAAUGUAAAGUACCGAACAUCAGCAUGAUAAUAUAUAAAGCCACCAUGAAUGUAAAAAUACAGACUAAACAGCAAAAAGGCUAAGUGGUAUAUUGGAACUUCAAGAGUUAAUUUGGAACAUAAAACAGAAUAUUGUAUUGAUAACUGUUAUUAAAUAAUUACUGUUAUUUUUAUAAUUUUUUUUUUUUAAACAAUAUCACUGACAAUGAUAAACCUACCUGCUUACACCCACUUUCUGAUGAUUGUGUUACUGUAAGGCUUUGAUAUUUUUGCUAUGGCUUUGUAUUAGUAAUUAUUACAUGGGAAAUACUUAAUAAAGUAAAA